UUCUGGGACUGAUACUCAACCAAGACCCCAAUUGGCUAAUUUAAUGUAAAACUUUUUAACUGGCUGUUUCAAUGGAAAAAUUCAAAGCAGCGACCGUUGUGAAUGGCUGUGAUCAAUUGCAACGUGGUCAAAUAGACGCUCCCCUCCAUCCGCGUGCAAUCAUCGUACAGCGAGUGUGGCGAAUCUAGCGUGGUGUUUGGCAAGGUCUCUCGGGUGCGUCGAGGGUGUCAUUAAAAUAGCACUCGCAAGAAUAACACGAAACAAUACGGCGAGAUGGCUGCCCGCUCAGUGUUAAAGUACCUGAAACCCAAGGCCGUGAUAUAUCAGAGCCACCGAUGCGCCUCGUUGUCUGGCUUCGAUAUCCAGCACAAAACUCCUACUAUCAGAAAGGUGAUGCCCAUACCGAAGGCUCAUUACGGUGGCAGGCAUACGGUUACCAUGCUGCCCGGAGCUGGCAUUGGACCUGAGUUGAUGGGUUAUGUAAAAGAGGUUUUCAAGUACGCUGGCGUACCUGUGGACUUUGAAGACGUCGAGAUCGAUCCCAAUGCUGAUGACAACGUCGAUCUAGAUUACGCAAUUACGUCGAUACGCAGGAAUGGAGUUGCCUUGAAGGGCAACAUAGAAACGCAUAGCACAGAAGCUGGCGUCCUCUCUCGAAAUGUCGCGUUGCGAAACGAGCUGGAUCUCUACGUGAAUGUUUUGCACUGUGUUUCUUAUCCAGGCGUGAACUCGCGUCAAAAGAACAUCGAUAUCGUCAUCGUGAGGCAGAACACCGAGGGUGAGUACUCCAUGCUGGAGCAUGAGAGUGUCUACGGCGUUAUUGAGAGCAUGAAAGUCAUUACAAACUUCAACUCGGAACGCGUCGCUCGUUAUGCAUUCGAGUAUGCCAAGAGGAACGGCCGCAAGAAGGUCACGACGGUCCACAAAGCAAACAUCAUGAAGCUUUCGGAUGGACUCUUCUUGGAAAUCUCGCGGCGGGUCGCCAAGGAUUACCCGGAUAUUAUCCAUAACGAUAUGAUUAUCGACAACUGUUGCAUGCAGCUCGUAUCGAAUCCGCAUCAGUUCGACGUCGUGUUAACGACCAAUUUGUACGGCGCCAUUGUGUCGAACGUGGUGUGUGGUUUGUUGGGCGGCGCUGGUUUAUUAGCCGGUAAAAAUUACGGCGGCCAUUACACGAUCUUCGAGCCGGGUACUCGUAACACCGGCACCAGCAUCGCCGGCAAGAACAUCGCGAAUCCGAUCGCGAUGUUGAACGCCGCGGCUGACAUGUUGCGUCAUCUAGGUCAUAAGCAUCACGCCACCCUUAUCCAAAACGCGAUUAACAAGACGCUUAAUCAAGGAAUACACACUCGUGACCUCGGCGGCACCGCGACGAGCAGAGAUGUCGUCGACAAUAUUCUUAAACACAUCAAAAUCGCAACCGCUUAAGACUGAAUUAUUAUUGAUCUAGCCGAAAUCUCUUGUAGCACAGCUGUCCGUGGAAUGUGGCGAGUACUAAGUACAUAUACCAAGAAUCUUGUGUGAUUUCUAGUGAGAUAACGUAAAGGAUAAAUAUACCAUAAGCUAGUUAAGGCAAUUGCGAAAUAAGGAACCGUUCCGACAAUAUGCGAUAACGAGAUUUCGUCUAUUGGCCGAAAUUGCAAAAUAUUUCUUCUUUAUAAAAUCAUUGUUUUAAAAUGGAUAAAUUUUGGCUUGCGAUAGAUCACGAAUAUGCUCUGUAAUAUAUUUUAAUGACUUGUUCAACUGGACUAAUAAUUGGAAUUUGUAAAAUAUUUACUGUAUAUUGUAAGUAGUGGCAGUUCCUAUAGAUGAAUUUACCAAAUAUUAUCACUGUGAGAGUAACUUGUAUGAAAUGUAAAAUACUUGUUACACCUUACCAUUAAAAGAAUACUCACCGAUAUUUGUGUGCGUAAGAAAAAUACGAUCACGACUUGUUAAGUUAACAAAAUGUUCGUAUGCCGCCUUAGUACAAUUUUAUCUAGUUGAAUUAAAACUAUGACACAUAAUGUAAAAUUACACUUUACUGUUAAGGUACCUCGUUACAUUGUAAAGUGUACAUACCACCGCGUUCAUAAAUAAAAUGUAUAAAUUUA